AUGAAAAUCGAAAUAUCGAUUGCAUUAAAUUUUUUAAUCGCUUAUCUUUACAAUAAAUUACCACGUCGUCGAGUUAAUAUGCUUGGUGAACAAAUGCAUAAAUAUUUACAUAUUAAAUAUCAAGAUCAUUGGUAUCCAGAAAGACCAACAAAAGGUUCUGCAUAUCGAUCAAUACGUAUUAGUAAAGAAAAAAUCGAUAAAAUUCUUAUUAAUGCUACUGUUGAUGUUAAUUUGAAUUUACAAGAAAUACUUGAUUCAUUACCAAAUGAUCUUACUAUUUGGAUUGAUCCAGGUGAAGUAUCAUAUCGUAUCGGAGAAAAAGAACCCGUUCAAAUUUUAUAUGCGGAUGAAAGAAAUCUAAUACGACAUACUGAAUCAUCAAGUGAUACAGACGAAAUAUCUCAUCAUGAAUCUACUAUUUCUAUUCAACCUUUUAAUCAUAAUAUGCAAAUAUUGCAAUCAAAUGAUACUAUGAUAAGUUUAUCACCAGUAAUGGAUUCUGAUUUUGUAUCAUGGUCAAAUUCAAUCUCAACACCAAUUUUAUCAAUACAAACAUUUGCUCAAACAAGAUUUGGUUCAUUAAAAAUAAAACAAAAUGGACAAAAAAAUUCAAUCAAGUAA